AUGACUACAUCCCCAGCGACCUCUAUUCGUCUACCUCUGUACGAUUCUGAAAUCACAGCUGUUGAAGAUACGCAACACCGGCCAAUACCAUCGAGUCUCUGCGAACUUCGUCGGCUACGCAAAGAAGAGCCUUCUCAAGAUGACAAGAUUUACAACGACCCGCAGAUAGUGAUCGAGGAAAUCAGUGUCGCAGGCGCCCAAGGUCCCCUCCAUGCCAUUCUAUUGACUCGGAAAUCUCGUUUGACAAUUUCAAAGCUUCGGCCUGGAGUUUUAUUUUUUCAUGGUGGGGGACGAGUCAUGGGGAACGUCUACGUUGGCCUUGCUGCAGUGAGCGAACUUGUUAAAGAUCUAGACGCCGUGAUUGUCAGUGUUGCAUACAGACUAUCUCCAGAAGCUUCCGGAACUGAUGCCGUAGAGGACUGCUAUGCCUCCCUUGUCUGGAUGUCCGAAAACUUGAGCACCUUCAACGUAGACCCGGCUCGUUUCAUGAUUGCUGGUGUCUCAGCUGGAGCUGGCCUUGCUGCAGGAACUGUUCUUCUAUCUCGGGACCGAAACGGUCCUAGAGUAUGCGCUCAGAUGCUGGCGUGUCCCAUGCUAGAUGACCGGCUCAUAACCUUGUCGGCUCAACAAUUUGAGAAUGGGCGAGGAUUUUAUACUGCGUGGGGUCGAUAUGCUUGGAAGUGUGUCCUUGGCGAAGACGCCAAAACAGGAAAUGUCAAUCAGUAUGUAGCGCCUGGGCGUGCCGAAGAUCUGUCGCACUUACCACCUGCCUACAUCGAUGCUGGAUCGGGCGAGCCAUUCCGAGACGAAGAUAUUGCGUAUGCCAGGAAGUUAUGGGAGUGCGGAGUCCAAGCUGACUUGCACAUCUGGGGAGGUGGCUGCCAUGGGUUUGACUUGUUCUACCCUACGGAGAUUGGAGCACAAGCUAUCCAGACAAGAGAUGCCUGGAUGAGAAGGACAUUGAGGGAGAAGACAGGAUAA